CUAAAAUAAGGGCAAUUGUACGGACCAAGGCUUACGUGAAUUUACGUUAUGCCGUUUUGAAAUAACUCCCAGUUUACCAUCAUGCUGUGAAUGUAUGGUCAAGACGUGUCAUUUUAUUAAUUUGUUCGUGAAGAGACUCAUUACUAAGCCCUUCCACACACAAAACACAAUGUAGGCGCUCUUCGUUAUACGUUUGUAUGAAAGAGAAAGAAAUUAAUCGCUGUAUAUGCGUUUCAUGACAAUUGAGCUCAGUAAGUCAGAACUUGUAGCUAGCAUGAGUCCAUUUGAUGACAGCGGCGAGUGAUGGCGAGUGGGAAUGACAAGUCGAUGGCAGACAGCGCAUCAUCUGCUGUUGACCCACAGCGCUGCAUCGUGUGUGUCGCGGAGUGAUCUUCAAGAAUACAGCAGAAAAAAAGAUCCGGUAAACCGCGAAGCACACUCGCGCAGCUGCCAAACUGAGCAAAGACCUCCUGUUUAAGAUUAAGCAGAGAGCGCACCGAACAGAGAGCGCAGAUGCACUUGGCUAAAUCAAUUCUAAUAAUUUAUGAAAUAAUUAUACAUUUACUCUCACUCGUCGCGACCCACUUUAAGAAAGUCUGAACUAAAUAGUUUAUGAAUGCUGGUGCAAAUGCAAGACGAAUAGACCACCUCCAGAAAUGAAGCUUCAAAACUAAAUGUACUGUGUUUUGCAAGAUUUUGAGUUAAAAUCCUGCCUAAUUGUAAUUUUCCAUUGGCUACUACUGAUAUCUGCCGCCAGGGGGACUCGACCCGCGCUGAACAUACUUCCCAAAUUCCAACUCGAACCUGGAGGUCUCUCUGAUCACUGUUAUCUUGGCCUAAUGUCUGUCCGGGUGCCAUCCAUGAGUGUGCUGCCUCCUGUUCGAAGGGACCGCAUCAUUGCCCAGCUUCCUCAGUUUUACAGUAAGAAGGCUGCUGUGCACACUAAAGAUGAGUUCAACUCCAAAGUGAAGACUGCCUGCCAGGAGCAACGCACUGGCACAGUAGGUAGGUUUAAAAUUGCUAAGGUCAUAGUGGUUGGUGACCUGGCUGUGGGAAAAACAUGUCUGAUUAAUAGGUUUUGCAAGGAUGCAUUUGACAAGAACUACAAGGCGACCAUUGGCGUCGACUUUGAGAUGGAGCGGUUUGAAGUGUUGGGGGUGCCUUUCAGCUUACAGUUGUGGGACACUGCGGGGCAGGAGAGGUUCAAGUGUAUUGCUUCCACAUACUACAGGGGAGCUCAGACUAUCGUUAUUGUGUUCGAUGUAAAUGAUGUGGCAUCUUUGGGCCAUGCAAGGCAGUGGCUUGAAGAUGCCUUGAAGGAGAAUGAUCCUACCAAUGUCCAGCUUUUCCUGGUGGGCACAAAGAAAGACCUAAGUGUAUGUGUUUACUCUUUUGAUAUACAUUCUUCAGAGGCCCAAUUGAUCCGUUUUAGUCUCUCCAUUUCAAGAUCAUACUUCACGAUGAGGAUACAACUUAGCCACUUCUUAACCACUGUUCCAGUAUUCACCUCUGUUCCAGUGUCUCCUGCUCAGUACUCUCAGAUUGAACAGGAUGCCAUCGAACUGGCGGAGGAAAUCAAAGCAGAAUAUUGGGCCUUGUCAUCAUUGACUGGGGAAAAUGUGAGGGAAUUUUUCUUCCGUAUUGCAUCAUUGGCAUUUGAGGCCAACGUUCUGGCAGAGCUAGAGAAGAGUGGAUCAAGGCACAUUGGGGACGUUAUCAAAAUUAACAGUAAUUCAAACAACGUGUAUGCAACAUCAAAGAAGAAACAGUCAAACUGUUGUCAAUGAAGACAAGCACGUGAAUACUACAGUUAAAAGGUACCAAAGCAAAAAGCAUAAUUUACUCAGAAGAGAAACUGAGGACCACGGACCACUCCCAGACACAUGGAAUUUGCAGUGAGAGCUAGCAGACGGGACAGAGACUUUUGCUUCCACGUGCAUUUGAUUUUCAUUUCUGCUGGCCCAGAAAGAACAGCUCCUUGGUUGGAUGUAGAUUCCUGUGGUGUUUGGCUUAUUUUUGCCUAUCUAUUGUUUCGGAAUAGAAUUUCCUCUAUGUCAUUGCACUCCAUACUGUACAAUUCCAGUUUUUGAGUGUUGACAGAUUAUCGCGUCACUGCUUAAAUGGCUAUGGAGUAUGGACAAUCAUGGAUGUCUUCAAAUACCUAAUAUGGAUAUUUGUAAGACACCACCAUUAGGCCUAUUCGAGUUUUUACAGUGUUUUGUCUAGUGUUGUUUGCAUGCUAUAUGUGUUUUGCACAAUUUGUAACUAUAGCAUAGAUGGAAACUCAUGACUCCACCCUGGGAGGUUAUAUUAUGCUAGCUAAGGAGUAUGAUUUCAUUGUUUGGAUAGUCCUAUUUUUAGCAGCACAGAGGCGUUCAUACAAUAUGAGAGAUGUGUUUUAGUCAGAUGUACCUCAUCUACGUUAUAGACAAUAAUAUAACUGAGAUUUAUUCAUUUUCAAUUAUAUGCGAUAUUUGAAUGACUGAUCUUAUAUUAUCCCUCUAGUUGAAUAUCAUAAUCAGAGUGAAAUGUGCAUACAUAUGUCUAGUUGUCCUUUAUAGACAAUAAAGAUUAUUUACGUUUUUUUUCUAAUAUGUUUAAUUGCAGAUGUAAGUUUUGACUCUAUAAAGAUAUACUGUGUAUGAAAAACUGCUACACUUAGCUCUAUAAGAUAUAAGCUUUAAAAUCACUGCUCUGUAUCAAAUCAAACUGCUGUUUACCUUUAAUUAGACUAAUUCAAAGUUAUUAUUAAAAGUCCUAUAUAGGAUGAGUCACUA